AUGUCCUUCCCGCCCUCCACCCUUCCUCAUCGCCAGUCCGCGCAGCACAUAGACUCCCUGCGAUCCGAAGUGGACGUGCUGCUGGCAGUGCGUGGGCUGCCGUGCGUGGUGCGCGUGGAGCAGGUGAUAGAGGAGCCCCACGCCGUGCACGUGGUGAUGGAGGCGUGCGGCCACGGCGACCUCUUCGACUACAUCGCGCACUUCAACGGCAUGCCCGAGCCCCACGCCACCUGCCUCUUCAGGUAUGGUCCACAGGGAUUGACGUCUCUUCAGGUAUGGUCCACAGGGAUUGACGUCUCUUCAGGCGCAUAUAAUGCUGUGGGGGAGCUGCCGUGCGUUGUGCGAGUGGAGGAGGUGGGUGCGGAGCCCCACGCUCUGCCUGCACGCACACGUGUUUAUGGUCACGUCUCCAUUCCCGUCCUUCCCAUGUCCUUCCCGCCCUCCACCCUUCCUCAUCGCCAGUCCGCGCAGCACAUAGACUCCCUGCGAUCCGAAGUGGACGUGCUGCUGGCAGUGCGUGGGCUGCCGUGCGUGGUGCGCGUGGAGCAGGUGAUAGAGGAGCCCCACGCCGUGCACGUGGUGAUGGAGGCGUGCGGCCACGGCGACCUCUUCGACUACAUCGCGCACUUCAACGGCAUGCCCGAGCCCCACGCCACCUGCCUCUUCAGGCAGAUAGUGGUGGCAGUGGCGGGCUGUCACGGCCUUGGCAUCAUCCACCGGGACAUCAAGCCGGAAAACAUCUUCCUCACCCUCGAUCCUGCUGCACCACCUCCACCUUCUCCUGCUGCUGCUCAUACAACCUCUCCCAAUGCUUGCACCAACGCUAGCACUUCUGCUGCUCCUGCUUCUCCUGCUCCAGCCACCCCGCCGGUUCCUCCAACCAGUCUCCUCAUGAGGCUAGGCGAUUUCGGCCUUGCUCUGUUCCUGCACACCCAGCCUGGCGCUGAGGCUCGGGGGAGGGUCGGCAGCUCGUACUACAUGGCUCCAGAGGUGGUUCGGGGCGGCAGGUACGGUCUGCCAGCAGACGUGUGGAGCCUUGGGGUCAUCCUCUACAUCAUGCUCUCAGGCUUCGUGCCCUUCUGGGGAGCCACGUCUCUGCAGACCUUCGAGGCCAUCUGCUCGGGCCGUCUCGACCUCUCCUCGCCCGCGUGCGUCGCCCUCUCGCCCGCCGCCAAGGCCCUCCUCCGCGCCAUGCUCUCCCUCGACCCCGCUGCCCGCCCCACGGCCCACCAAGUCCUCUCCCACCCCUGGCUAUCCGUAAACAAGGCGGCUGUUGAGGCACCUCAGAAGUCAAUUGUCGCCCAUCCGUGGGUGUCGGAGCACGAGGUGGAGUUUGAGACGCCGCAACUCCCUGUGAAGCCAGACCUGGGGAAGGCUUCGGUUGAGACAAGUCCUGGGACGAAGGGCGUCAGGGACAUGGGCCUGGGGAAGGGUUUGGUGGACCGUGGCGGUGUGCUGGCGUUGGAUGUUAUGGGGGAUGAUUGUAUGGGGGCCAAUGGUUUGGAGGGUGAUGCUGCUGGCGUAUGGGGGUGUGAGGGUAUGGGAGUGCUGGAACGGGAAGCAGGCAGAGAAGGGGUCGAUGUUGCUGCCGCUGUUUUCACGGGAGAUGGCACGGGGUGGGCGGCUGAGAAGCAGGUCGAGUGGCAGCAGAGAGAGGGGCACUGGGCGUGCAUUGUUUUUGCUGCUGCUGCUAAUGAUGCUGCGACUGAUAAUGCUGCUGUUCCUGCUCCUGCUGCUCCUGCUGCUGCUGCUCCUGCUGCUGCUGCUCCUGCUGCUGCUGCUCCUGCUGCUACUGCUGCUGCAGUUACUGCAACAGCAGCAGGUGGUGCAGUGAGGAGGGGUGUGUGGUCAUGGGGCAAGGGUGGGGCGGGUCUGGUGCAAGCCUGGCCGGACUUAACCACAGAGGAGCGUAGUGAUGAUGGGGAGGGGUGUGGGGAAGGGCGAGAGAGGAAGAGGGUUAGGAGGGUUGCGUGGGACGCAUGUGGGUUUUCUGGAGAGUCAGUGCCACCCCCUGUGUGUGUGGUUGAGGGGUGGACGGUGCAAGAGGAGGAAAGGAAGGAGGAAGAGGAGGAUUGGGAGAAGGGGGAAAGUGGGGAUGGGUUGAAGCAAAAAGUCGGAGACUGGGAGAAGGGGCAGCGGGAGGAAGUGAACGAGAUGGGUUGUCGACAAGGGAAAGAAACAUGUGAAGAGCUGCUGCAGCAGCAACAGCAGCAGCAGGAGCAGCAACUACAGCAGAAACAACAGCAGCAGCAGCAGCAGCAGCAGCAGCAGCAGCAGCAGCAGCAGCAGCAGCAGCAGCAGCAGCAGCUUCAGAGGGAGCAAUGCAAAGGAGAGGAGGCAGAGCAGGCACGAAAGGGAGAGAGGGGAGAAGCAGGGGCUUUUCACAAGCUGCAGCAGCAGCUGUUGGAAUUACACCGGCUGGAACAAGCAGAGCGGGAGGGGGAACAGCAGCAGCAAGAGAGUGAGCAGGAGCAAGUGAAUUCUCACCUGAAGGAUCAAGAGAGAGAGAAGCUUCAGCAGCAGCUGCUGCAAUUACACAGGCUGGAACAAGCAGAAGCGCUGCUGAUGCUGAGACAAGGCCACGUGGACAGGCAGAGGCUAGUGGCAGAGACCAGGUAG